CAGGCAAAUCGAGUGUGCCCGAUCCGAUCUCAGCGCGACCUGCCAGGCUUCCAAAGUUGCAGAGCCAUCCAUUUGUACCUCCUCUGCAGCUGUCUACACAGGCCGUUGCAAUAUCUCGCCAUACUGUCAGGGAAGCCGCCCUCGAAAACCUGAAGCCAAUAGAAAGAUAACAUGGCCGAUACGGACAAAGACGAGCUACUCCGGAUCCUCGGAACUCAUGGGCAGCAAUUCCUAGGCUCCUUCAACUCGCCUGUGGUGAUGGGCAAGCGGAAAGACACGUCGGGGGUAGACAGAAAACGCACGAAGAAACAAAGAGUACGAGAGCCCGACCCAGAAGAGGAGUGGUCGGGUAUUAGCUCAUCGAGUGCAAGUGAGGAAGAUGAGGAUGUAGAGGAAAGCGGACAGUCAGGCUCGGAGGAUGAAAGCGCAUCCCCAGCACAUAAUGGGUCUGCAGUCCAAGCGAAUGUAGUUGUGUUUUCAGAGACCCAGGCAAUAGCCGGUCCGUCGACCUCAAAGCCUAGCAAGGCCCAAAUGAAAGCCUUCAUGUCAUCUAAAGUUGCGAAACUUACGCAAGAGGUCCAAGAAAAGUCCGAUGACGAGCCAGACGACGAAGGCGAUGAAUUGUCGAACACCCAGAAUGACGCUCUCCUACAUCGUCUCGUGCACACGCGGAUCCUCUCAGGAUCUCUCAAUCCAGAGCUCAAUCUAACGUCUGCACAGCGGAAGAAAGCGCUCGCCGGGCGCGUCCUCGAAGCUGCUGGCAAAGCGAAGCUGGGCAAGGGCGAGCGAGACGUCCGACUCACAGAGCGGAACAAGGCGGCGAAGCGCGUCCGGGAGGGCAUGGCCGCGAAACAGCAGGAACGGAGCGAGAAGCAGCUUGAGGAGGCGAAGCAUCUCGGAAAUUAUCACCCCGUAUUGAAGAAACUCUAUGAAGCAUCUGCGCAGGGACCAAACAGGAAGAGGGAGAAGGGUCUCAGGAUGGGCGUGGGUUCGUUCAAGGGUGGUGUGCUCAAGCUGAGUAAAGAUGAGAUCAAUUCAGUGGUUGGCGGUGGCAGUCGGGGUGGACGCGGACCUGGGAAGAGGGGUGGAAAGCGGUAAUCGAAAUCAUGAGCAGCCUGCACGCGAAAUUAUAC